AGCUGCCCCGCUCUAGUUCUGGGGCACAUCUGCCCUGCCUGCUAUUACAUUAGUGCAGCAGUGAUUGCAUCGGAGAUGGUCCUCGCCUGAAGGCCUAGCCUGGCUGUUGUGUCUGCUUUGCCAGGCACCGGUUGCAGGGUUGCGCUGGGUGCUGUGGACUGCGGUGGGGCAUCAGAGCACAGACCCCCAGUGUCACGUCAUGCAGCCAUGGAAAUGGUGCUGAUCUUCCUGUGCUCCCUGCUGGUGCCUGUGGUCGUAGCGGAUGCUGCUGAUCAGGAGAAGGAAAAAGACCCCUUCAACUAUGAUUACCAGAACCUGAGGAUCGGCGGCCUGGUGUUUGCGGUGGUCCUGUUCUUGGUUGGCAUCCUCCUUAUACUAAGCAGGAGAUGCAGAUGCAGUUUUAACCAGAAGCCCAGAGCACCGGGGGAUGAGGAGGCUCAGGCUGAGAACUUGAUUGCCUCAAAUGCAACAGGAGCGCAAAAAGCAGAGAACUGAACUAGAGCCAUGAGACCCAGAGACCUGAGGACAGACGCUCAGACCCGAACGCGAGUGACCUGCCAGCAAACAGAACUGACGGCACCAGGUCCUUCCCAGGAGAUGCCAAGAAGCUGUGUCUGUGUUGCUCUCUGUACUUAACACUGGUUCUCUAGCUGCCAACCCAGCGGGACUCCCCCCGCCGUCCCGCCUGCCCGCCCGCCCGCCAGCCCGCCCACCGUAGCCUGUGAUGUUCGUGUGUAAUGGCCAUCGCCUCUAGGACUAGUCAUUGCUGCUGUUGUGUUAGUGAGUUCUUUCCCCGUUCCCAGUGCGGUUCCCGUGGUACACAGCCACGUGAGAGUGACAGGAUGUGCUUCCUACCCCCUCCCGAGAGCGCCCGUGCAAGGGGAGCCGGCCUUUGCCUUCCUGUGCGGGGGGCAGAGGCUUUUCAGGGGUGUCUCUCGGCACUGGGACGCCGGGGUGCAUCCUGGGGCUCCCACUAACCUGGCUCGUUGGCAGGGCAGGGUCCUGGGGGCAGGGACCUCUACUCGGCCAGGUUUGGGACACGCCAUGAGCGUGGACGGUGCUGCAUAAUCGACGAUGAUACCAUCCUCACGGUUAUGGAGCCCUCCUCGCAAAGCAGGAGCUGGGUGUGUGCAGGGCCCUGGGGGAACGCUCCCCCCACCGUCCAGACCCACACACAUGCAGUCCCUGGGCAGGGGCCAGCUCCCUCCCUCCCUGCGCCCUCGUGGACCCGUCCUGUCUCCGAGCACUGCCUCUUGGAGGUGAGGGACCCACCGGUUGGGAAGAGCACGGGCCUUGGCACUGGGGCUGGGCGGCUCCAGCCUGGCCACGCUCGACUCUCGGUGGGGAAGGGGAAUCGGCCGGGCGCAGACAGGCCUCGCCCCCAGCCCGUGCAGGGAGGGGGCAGUGCUCAACCCGAACUCACAUCAACGUCUCCGUUUUCCAUCCUGCAAAGCCUGCAGCCAGGCGAGACGCCCCGGCUCCAGGGAGUCUCAGGGCUGGGUGCUGCUCCCACGCUCGGAGGCAGCUGCAACCCCGGGCCUUCCCGGCCACACGCGGUACCACGCCGAUGCCCCUGCCCUCCUCGUGGCGCCCGUGCUGGUGCCAUGGCUGUCAAUGCACGGGUGUGCAGCGUGCAUGCUGAGGACAUUAGCUACAAGGCAUCCACGCAGGCAGUGAUGGGGGGAGCGCACGAGCCAGCUGCCUGCAUGGCGCGGCCUGCACCUGCAGCCGGGGAGAGCGCUCUGGAGGCAGCCCGUGCCAGGUCCUCCUGCCCCACUUGCCCCAGAGCCAAGACCAGCCCCGCUCCCUGGCAUGGCAGCUCCCACCUGGGGUCCUGCAGGCACUGCUGGGGGAGGUUGAACCAUCUCUAAGGGCUAAAGGCAGCUGUCCCAGAGCUGUCUCUCUCCUUGCUAAGCCAGGACAGGGCUCCAGGGAGUGCCAUGCCCGGCUGAUGCCAGUGGGAUUUACUGCCGCAGCCCAGGGCGCUGGGCCCUCGCUGCGGGUGCAGCCCCCGUGCUGCCCCUCUGCCUGGGCUGGCGAAGCUCCAGGGCUCAGGCAGGGUUCCUGCCGGCUGGGGUCUGCCCCUGCACCGGUGGGCAGGGCUCCCAGCCCCAAAGGGCUUCAGCAGGGGAGGGGAUGCUGUGCACUGGCCUGCGGCUUCGGCCAUACACAGCUGUGCAGAAGCCCAGCCCAGCCCAGCCCAGCGCCGUGCUGCGAGGGUCCCGGAGACACACGAGCCCGCGGGAGGGGAGGAAUGGGGUGAGAAGAAGAAAAGAAAGCAAGCUUCAGACCCUCCAGGCAGGCUGGGGUCCGUUCUGGGCAGGCCGAGAGAGCGGCUCCCCUUCGCCUCUCCCCACUGCGCUGCCCCAGCCUCCUGCACAGGCGAAGGUCCGAACCCCUGGCCCCAUCCCCAGCGCCCGUCCCCCCGCGGCCGUGGAGGUGGGAAGCACAUGCUAUACAUGCUGUCCACAGGCGCGAGGCCGAGCGCAUGUGCUGUGUACCCCGUGCCCCGUGCCCCGUGCGAGCCGUCCAGGCCCUGCUCUGGUCCUUCCCCUCUCAGUUAUGCACCACAGAUUCGAGCAGGCAAACCAGCGCGUGCCCGCCCAGCCCAGCCCAGCCCAGCCCAGCCCAGCCCCGUGUGUUAGCUGUGUGUCCGUCACGCGUCCUGUGUUCGGAGUGACUUCGGUGUCUGUAGUGUGCAGUCGGUAUAACGAGAUUUCAAGUCGUCUGUGUAGAAAAUGGCAAAAUCUGAGUGUUGUGAACUCCAACUCAACUAGCCCAGCUGUGUGUGUUCAUUCUAAAAUAGGCCAACCGUGCUGCUGUGAUACAGGACUGUUGUAUUUUGUGCUGUGACCCAGAACCCAAGGGGAAAGAAGAAUAAAAUAUCAUUUCUACCUUA